AACGAAAUAUGACUCAACAACCUGUCCAUUACAAUCCGACCUCGAAUACACAAACUGCGAAAUUAAUGUUGAUGUGUAGUGUACUCCCGCCGUUGUUAGUGGCGCCCCCACACGUGCCUCGCAGUAACCACCUGCAUUUGACAGGAAAGUGAUGACGAUCGCUAAAGAUAAAUAAAUCCGCCUAAUUCGUCCUGUAUUUUCCACUUUCCUGGAAAAAUCGAGCUUAAAUUUACAAUCCGCAGCGCGACAAGUGCCUUAAACCUAAGUGUAGUGUUGUGUGUUCAACUGUCAAUUUAUAGGUUAUCCAAGUGUCAUCGUGAAAGUUCAAAGCCUCCCACUUAAUGCCAUUAUUUGACAUUUUCGAGUGAAUCCCUCCGUAAUGGCCCUAUUCAAAGUCCAAGCCCUUUACGACUUCGUCGGCGAGUCCAACUCCGCUGAGCUCUCAAUUACGGCCGGUGAAGUACUGACGGUUACGAGAAUCGACAUCGGCGAAGGAUGGUGGGAAGGGCUGAACUCCCGUGGCAAGUCGGGGCUCUUCCCCGAGGCCUAUGUUGUUAAAAUGGAGGAGGCAGCGCCGCCGAGUAUGCCGCCCCCAGCCCUGCCGCCGCAGAACGACUGGACAGGGGCGCAACAAGACGACGAUUGGGAUGACGAGUGGGAUAAUGAUGACACAUACAGCGAGAUUGCUAAUAAUGCACAAAGGGAGUCCCAUUACACUAACGAGCCCAACCAGAAUCAGUUCGCGUAUGGGAGUGGACAAGUGGAUAAUAUUUCAGAAAGUAGUUAUAAUGUGGAUAAUAGAGUCACCAAGAAGAGUUUAAAUAUUUUCUCGUCCUAUGUCAAAAGUGGAUUAGAAAGCUAUAUUUUCGGCACCUUGAAAGACAUCCCAUCCCACACAAAAAUUCGAAUCUUUCGCGAAAACGACAACGUGUUUCGAUGGGAACUGAUCCCGGAUCCUUACACAGUCCAAGUAACCUCACCAAAAAAGGCAUCAAAAAUGGGGGGCCUCAAGUCAUUCAUCGCAUACCAAUUAACACCAUCGUUCACCGGAAUCGAAGUAUCACGGCGUUACAAACAUUUCGAUUGGCUACACGACAGACUCUCCGAGAAGUUCAACAUAAUCGCGAUUCCCCCGUUGCCGGAUAAACAAAUCUCGGGCCGCUACGAGGAGCAUUUCAUCGAGCAUCGGAGAGUGCAGCUGCAGGAGUUUGUCAAUUAUGUGUGUCGACAUCCGGUGUUGUCCACCUGUGACGUUUGGAAGCAUUUUCUCACCUGCACGAAUGAGAAACAGUGGAAGGAAGGGAAGAGAAAAGCGGAAAGAGAUCAGCUAGUCGGAGCGAAUUUUUGUCUGUGUAUCGAAGCCCCAGAGAAGGAUUUAUUAGCGUCCACUAUUGAAAGUAAAAUUGAGAGUAGCAUAUCGUACAUUACCCAAAUGGACCAGUGCAUAAAAGGCCUGAUGCAGACGGCGUCCGAUCAGCAGAAAAAAUGCGAGAAUUUGUAUAAAAGAGAGCACACCAAAGUUGGGGAAAGUUUUUUCCAACUAGGGGUCGCGUUUGAGAAUCGAGAAGGUGGAUUAUUCUCCGAUUUGGCCACAGAUGUGAAGAAGAUUGGGACCACUUAUAUUGAAAUCGCAAAGUUGUGCGAAGAUCAGGCUAAAAUCGACUGGCAGCCUUUAACCGAUAAGCUGUAUUUAUACAGAGGGAUCACGAGUUCGUAUCCUGAUAUUUUCUCGAUGCAAAAACAUGCCGAACAAAAGAAGAAAGAGUGUGAAAGAAGUACGCAAUUCUCACAUUUACAAAUCACUGAAGUUAGGAAACGCACUGAUGUUUUAACUUACUCGGUUUUUGCCGAACUUGAUCAUUUUCAGACUGAGAUGAAUACCGAAUUUAGGUCAGCCAUGAGGUCAUUUUUAAAAGAACAGGUUAAUUAUUAUAAAAAUAUAGUGAGUAGAUUGGAAGACACUUUGAGAAAGUUCGAGUAGUUUUUCUUGCCUUGUUAUACAUCUAUCGUGUUUAUUUCCAAGCCAAAACAAUUGUGAUUUAACUUUUUAUUAUAUUCUGUUAUGUUUACUCGUACGUGCUGUGUAUACUACGGAAAUUCCAAUAUUUACAUUAAUUUUUAUUUUAUAAAAAAUCUCCGAGACAUUUUGUAUAUGAUGUGAAAUGUAAUUGUAUAUUUCUAUAUAUUUUGUUAAGUCAGAUGUAAUAAAUGUGCUUACACGAA